UCAUGCUGCUGCCAGGGUCCAGAGUCUCUCUCAUUGGGGUCCCUGUAACGGGCUCCCAUUGCUGCUGUCUCCAUCGCGACACUCUGCCAUGUGCCACUUUCAGGUCUCCUCACACUGCUGGUGGUGGUUCCAUUUUUUGUCAUAGGGUGCUGCGGCAGAUUACGGGUCUCCCAUUGCUGCUGCCAGGCCCGUAAUUCUGCCAUGGGCCCCUGUACCGCGCCUCCUCAUGCUGCUGCCAGGUCCAGAGUCUCUCAUGGGUCCCUGUACGGCCUCCCAUUGCUGCUGUCUCCAUCGCGACACUCCUGCCAUUGCCACUUUCAGGUCUCCUCACACACUGCUGGUGUGUUCCAUUUUUUG